AUGCCUUCUAGGUUUCUCGAAGAUUUACCAGGAGAGAUCCGCGCCCAAAUAUAUUCCUACGUUCUCGCCCCAACCGGUUGCAUCACACCGAAACGAACUUCCACAGGCGCAACCCUCUGGUCCUGGCCCUCGCUCUUCCCAAACGAAGAAGUCAACCUCAGCCUGCUUCAAACCUGCAGGCAGAUCCACGAAGAAUCAAAAGAUGUUCUAUGGAGCGACAAUAUUCUCUGCUUCCCCCCUCGCAGAAGCAUCUUCGAUCCCGAAGAAGACGCCGUUUUCGUGCGCAGCAACUCCCAUUUCUCUCGACAUGUCCGCACUGUCGAGCUACGCUUCACGCCCUCCUCUUUCGAUUUAGCCAAAGUCGCUACAUUUCUUCAACCCCUCGGUGCAUGGGACUCUGGGGUGCUUCGAGAGGUUCGAUUUACAAUCUCUGGGAUGGGCACAAUGACGAUGUUUGGCGAGUUGGUCUCGGUGAUAUGGCAGCGAGCGAUGAGGCGCCAGCGGUACCCAAACAUGAAGCUCGGAGGUUUUGAUUCUGCCAGUCUUUUCAAUAUACUUAGGCUUGCUGGAAAUGAGGAGACGGGACAUCUGCGGCAUUUGAGGAGGAGAUUGAAUAUCCAACUGGGGAUAAGACUUUCGUCGAAUAAGGCAAGACGGGAAUGGUUUAGUGUUCAUAAACCGGAAGACUGUGAGGAAACACUGAGGGAGCUGCACCAAUCCUUGGGUGGAGAGCUAUACAUGGACGGCGUAUUGUGCUAUAAGGAUGGCUUACGACUUCGAGAGACCUUCGCGGCUUGGGAAGCCGAGAGUAGUGAAGAUUGA